CGCACACUUGAGCCUUUGGGAUGGACACAUUUCCCCUUAUGGGACAAAGAUCACUUCAGUCCCUUUGCCCAAACUCGCCGUUUUAGAUCAUCUUACCAGAAAUGCAAGAGCAGAACUGAAGGAAAAACGCACAGAAAAACCAUUUUCCUCAUCUCAUGUGCAGAAGGGUGAAGACAGCACUUUUCGACCAUUGGCAACUGGUAGAGGAAAACAUCUCAAACCAAAAGCAAUGGAUCAAACAUAUGGAGAAGUAAACCAGCUUGGCGGGGUAUUUGUCAACGGGCGACCUCUUCCAAAUUCGAUUCGGAUCAGAAUCGUGGAAUUAGCUCAACUUGGAAUACGACCCUGUGACAUCAGUAGACAGCUUCGAGUAUCUCAUGGCUGCGUGAGCAAGAUACUAGCGAGAUAUAACGAGACGGGUUCGAUAUUGCCCGGUGCCAUAGGAGGAAGUAAACCCCGGGUCACAACACCCAACGUGGUGAAAAGCAUAAGGGAUUACAAACAAGGAGACCCUGGAAUUUUUGCUUGGGAGAUCAGGGACAGGCUUCUUGCAGAUGCAGUUUGUGAUAAAUAUAACGUUCCCUCCGUCAGCUCUAUAAGCCGCAUUUUACGCAACAAAAUAGGAAAUCUUUCUCAGCCGGGCCAAUAUGAGAACAGCAAGCCAACCCAUCCUCAGCUAUCCUACAACCACAUGUACCCAUACUCAUACCCCAGUGCAAUGUCACCCACUGGGACUAAAAUUGGCAGCGGUCACGGUGUACCGAUCACAGCGGGCCAUGUCAGCCUCUCCCGUCAUGGAUGGCCUUCGGUGCACACAGUCAGCAACAUUUUGGGCAUUCGAGCCUUCAUGGACCCCUCAGCCAUUGCUGGAGCAGAGGGGUACCAAUCAAAAAUGGAGGAGUGGGCGAGCGUUAACAGAGCGACUUUUUCCUCUGCCCAUGGCGUCAACGGAAUAGAGAAGUCAUCCCUAGAGGCAGACAUUAAGUAUCAUCAGUCUUCUUCAAACCUAUCUAGUUAUGUACCUGCUUGUGCCUACUCUCCCCCAAACCAAUACGGGGUGUAUGGUGGGCCAGCAGCUAACUACAUGACAACAGGACACCACUGGCAGUCUCAGAACGCAAGCCUGGCCCACCCCAACAGCGGAGCAACCAUGCAAGGUGGAGACUUCCACACGGCAAUGUCUUUCAAACACUCAUCGCGAGAAGGAGACAGAAAACCUCACAGUCCCUUGAUCAAGCACCAGCACGAGGCGUUGAACGUACACGGACUCUCCCUCCCGACCUCAGCUUAAUGACCCAACGAACCCAACGGACCGUCAAGCUCUCUUCAAAUAGGCAAUGUACAGAAAAUGCAUAAUAUUAUUGGCGAAUUUUCAAUAAUUCCACCAGCAAGUGAGGAACAUACAUUUCAAACGUCAUUCAGUGUAAUUGCAUUGCAGUUCAAUACAAUUGUAAAAUCAUCGAAUGUAGACAUGAAUGUUGUUAUAGUCUUGUUCACCUGCAUUAACGCAGUGGUGUUGGUUAGGACUUUAUUGUUAUAUAUUUUGCAUUUCACUCAUCCAAAACUCAUCCCAAAUCGAAAUUGCGUAAAACGAAUUAUGUAACUUCCCUGAGGUCACAUUGUUUCCACGACGGAUAUGGCUAAUAGGCGUGCAUGCUGUGUGUGUUCAAACAAACAUUUGUUAUUAUGGACUGAAAAGGAAAGUUAAAAAUGUGAACAAUAUCAUGUAUUUGUAAUUUUGUAAAUGACAUCCGCAAAAACUGUAUUAUGUAUAUUUUUUAUAACUGUGCUUAAUAAAGGCAUGCUAAACGGGAAAUGCCUAUUUCGACAUAUUUGGAUUUCCCUAAUUCAUGCAGCUUUGCGCCUAUUGUUGGCUACUGGUCAAAUUAAAAUGAUGAAAUUGUGAUUGG